AUGAAAUGUUAAAUUUAAUUAGAGUAAAUAUUAAAUUCAUAAAAGUAAUAAUAAUAUAUAGAGAUUGCAGCAAGAAGAGCUUUAUUUAGAUUAGAAGAUAUUGGAAAGAAUUUUUAUAUAAUUUUAAGUGGAUCAGCUUGGUUAGUGUAAUUAUUUAUUAAAAUAGGUUUUGGUAGGUAAAUCUGGAUUAUAAGUAGGCACAUUUAGUAUAAAUAAAUAUAUAUAGGAUGAAAAUGAAUUUGUUGAAUUAGAUGAUGAAUGUAUGUUAUAAACUAAAUAUCUAAAUAUUAUGAAAGUAGGUCAAAUUGGUUAAGGAGCAAGUUUUGGUAAGAUUGCUUUUAUUAAUUUUAUUCCUAGAUAAGCAACUAUUGUUUGUAAGGAAAACUGAUGAUUUAUUACAUAGAGAAACCUUUAGUAAAUUUCUAUGUAUAAAUAUUCAUAAAUUAUUUAGUUGAAUAUUAUGGUAGAAUCCAAUUAAAAAAUUUUUAAUUUAAAAAAUCUAUUUCUAUAUUUAAUGCUUGGAAUGAUGCUGAAUUAAAUUAAACUCAAUAUUAUUUAUAAUACUUAAAUCUAUAAAGAAGGUGAAUAAGUUAAGCAAAAAUAUUAUAUUACUUAGAGGAGUUUAUUUUUUUUAGAUGGAUAAUUUGAAAUAACUAAAAUAGAUAAUUAGAAUGAAAGUUAGAAAGCAAAAAAAAUGUAAAGAUCUUUAUGUAAUUAAAAUUAAAUAGAUGUGGGUAUGGUUAAUUGUUUGGUUAUUUAGAAAUUGUUUAAAAUCAUGAUUAUAGAUAAUCAAAAGCUUUAUGUUUAACUGAAAAAUCUAAAAUGCUAUUUUUACCUGCAGAUGUAAAUUACUAAUAAUAUUUUUAGAGAUUCAGAUUGUAUUGUUGUAAUGGAGAGACUCUAAAUGAAUUAAAUAAAUUAAUUUCUAAAUUAGAUAAAAAUAAUUAAAUUUCAAAAGAAAUCUUUCUUGGGUAGUAAGGAUCUUUAUAAUUUUAUGAUUAAUAUAAUUUUGAUCUUUUAACUUCUUCUAAUUAUCUUAAAACUUAAGAUGAUGAUGAUAGAAAUGAAAAAGUUAAUUUAACAACUUAAAAUAGAUUGUCUGAAAAAAAAUAACUAAUUUUUAGUGUGA